CGGUGUUCUCACUCUCUCCUACUCUUUCCUCAAUACAAUAGUCAUCACCUUACAUAUCAUCCGUCAAAUCAGAGACAUUAUUUUCUCCAACGAGUAUCAUAUUUUUGAAUUCUUCCAGUAACGUUGGAGCUCUAAAGGCUUCAACUUCUCAUCUGGGUUUCUUGAUUAAUCAUUAAUGGAGACGAGAAAACCCAACAAAACUCAGACCAAGAAGCCCGGACCCACCACAACGACGAUGGAAGACGUGCUGGCGGCAUUACACGAGACAAAGGAAGAGAGAGAUGUCAGGAUUCGCAAACUAUUCGAAUUCUUCGACAGUUCCAAGUUAGGUUCUUUAGACGACACACAGAUCGAGAAAGGUCUGUCUUUGCUGCGUAUUCCUCCCAAAUACAAGUACGCUAGAGACUUGCUCAGAGUCUGCGACGAGAAUCGAGAUGGGAGGGUUGAUUACGAGGAGUUUCGUCGCUACAUGGACGCUAAGGAGCUUGAGCUUUACACUAUCUUCAAAGCUAUUGAUGUUGAACGCAAUGACGAUAUUUGUCGAGAGGAGCUUUCGCAGGCUCUUGUUAAGGCUGGCAUUGAAAUUGAAGACAAGGAACUAGCAUCUUUUAUGGAACAUGUUGAUAAGGACAAGAACGGAACUAUAACUUUCGAAGAGUGGAGAGACUUUCUUCUCCUACACCCCCACGAAGCCACUGUCGAAAAUAUCUACCACCACUGGGAAAGAGUUUGCUUAAUAGACAUUGGAGAGCAACCCGUUAUACCCGACGGUAUAAGCAAACACGCUCAAAGAAGCAAACUACUUCUCGCCGGGGGACUUGCAGGAGCCGUCUCUAGAACCGCAACCGCGCCACUAGACCGUCUCAAAGUUGUCUUGCAAGUACAGAGAACCAAAUCAGGAGUUGUCCCGACCAUCAAGAAAAUAUGGAGAGAAGAUAAAAUGUUAGGUUUCUUCAGAGGUAAUGGCUUGAAUGUAACGAAAGUGGCUCCUGAGAGCGCUAUUAAGUUUGCUGCUUACGAGAUGCUGAAGCCUAUAAUCGGUGGAGGAGGAGAUGGUGAGAUAGGGACUAAAGGGAGGCUUUUGGCUGGUGGGUUAGCUGGUGCAGUGGCUCAAACGGCUAUUUACCCUAUGGAUUUAGUGAAGACUAGGUUGCAGACUUGUGUGAGUGAGCUUGGGAAGACACCGAAUCUGUUGAAACUCACCAAGGAGAUUUGGGUUCAAGAAGGACCUCGAGCGUUUUACAAGGGUCUUUAUCCUUCUCUUCUUGGGAUUAUACCGUACGCAGGGAUUGAUCUUGCUGCUUAUGAGACUCUCAAAGACUUGUCAAGGACAUACAUUCAUCAUGACACCCGUUACGAGCCGGGUCCUCUUGUACAACUAGGAUGUGGAAUGACAUCAGGAGCUCUUGGAGCAUCGUGUGUUUACCCGUUACAAGUCGUACGAACAAGUCAAAUGUCGUUAAAGCAGUGUAAAACCCUAAGACAUGUGCAACAGUUCCAUGCAAAACUCAUCACUUCCGGUCGGAUCUCCAACGGUCCGAAUCAGAACUCUGUUCUCACUAAUAUCCUCUUCGCUCUCACCUCUAUUGCAACACCGUCUCCUCCGACAGCGACACAUGCUUUAUCCACUUACGCUACUUCCCUGUUCAAUUUCAUCACAAACCCAUCUACCUUUUGCUACAACACGAUCAUCAGACUCUACACCCUUCACGCGCCGUCUCUAUCUCCACACCGUUUCUUCGUCCAAAUGCGACGUCGUUCCGUCCCUCCAGACUUCCACACCUUCCCUUUCGUAUUCAAAGCUUGCACAAAGAAAAACGUUACCUUCACAUUAACCGAAUCCCUCCAUUGCCAAGCUUUGAGAUUCGGUUUGUUGUCUGAUUUGUUCACUCUCAACACUCUGUUACGUCUCUACUCUUCUUCGAUCGAUAUCGCCUUGAAGCUGCUCGACGAAACUCCUCAGAGAGAUGUAGUCACGUACAACGUGUUGAUCGAUGGGUUAGUGAAGGCACGUGAGGUUGUUAAAGCACGUGAGGUGUUUGACUCGAUGCCGUUUCGUGAUUUGGUGACGUGGAAUAGUCUUAUCGCUGGGUAUGCGCAGAUGAACUGUUGUAGAGAAGCGAUCAGACUCUUUGAAGAGAUGAUUGUUAAUGGCUUUAAACCUGAUAACGUCGCGAUUGUCUCAACUCUCUCGGCUUGUGCACGGUGUGGAGAUUUGGAGAAAGGGAGAGCUAUUCAUGAUUACGUUACAAGGAAUAGAGUUUUCUUGGAUUCGUAUUUAGCUACUGGUUUGGUUGAUUUCUACGCGAAAUGUGGUUUUAUCGAUACAGCUAUGGAGGUUUUUAGUUUAUGUUUGGAUAAGACUUUGUUCACAUGGAAUGCGAUGAUCACUGGUCUUGCAAUGCACGGUUACGGCGAGCUAACAGUUGAUUACUUCCGUGGGAUGGUCAGUUCUGGUAUCAGACCCGAUGGUGUUAGUUUCAUAAGUGUUCUAGUUGGUUGCAGCCAUGCUGGUUUUGUUGAUGAUGCAAAGAAGCUUUUCGACCAAAUGGGGUCUUUGUAUGAUGUUGAUAAGGAGAUGAAACAUUACGGGUGUAUGGCGGAUUUGCUUGGAAGAGCGGGGUUGAUCAAAGAAGCGGCGGAGAUGAUUGAGAAGAUGCCUAGAGAGGGAGGGAAGAGAGAGAAGCUGUUGGCGUGGAGCGGUUUGUUGGGUGGGUGUAGAAUCUAUGGGAACAUGGAGGUGGCGGAGAGAGCUGCAGAGAGAGUUAAGGAGUUGAGUCCAGAGGAUGGAGGAGUGUAUAAAGUGAUGGUGGAGAUGUAUGCAAAUGCUGAGAGGUGGGAGGAUGUGGUUAAGGUUAGGGAAGUGAUGGAAAGAGAUGAGAGAGUGUUGUAUGAAUCGUUCGAUGAGGCGUUUGAUGGUCGCUGGAUCGUUUCGAAGAGUGGCGAGUACGAAGGUGUAUGGAAGCAUGCGAAGAGUGAGGGACACGAUGAUUAUGGCCUUCUUGUAAGCGAGAAGGCUCGUAAGUAUGGUAUCGUGAGAGAGCUUGAUGAGCCUCUAAACCUCAAGGAUGGAACAGUUGUUCUACAAUACGAAGUUCGUUUCCAGGAGGGGCUUGAGUGUGGUGGUGCUUACUUGAAAUACCUCCGUCCUCAAGAAGCUGGAUGGACGGCUGAAGGGUUCAACAGUGAAUCUCCUUACUCUAUCAUGUUUGGUCCUGACAAGUGUGGAGCCACAAACAAAGUGCAUUUCAUCUUGAAGCACAAGAAUCCCAAGAGUGGUGAGUACGUUGAGCACCACCUGAAGUUCCCUCCCUCUGUUCCUUAUGACAAGCUUUCUCACGUCUACACGGCCAUCUUGAAGCCUGACAAUGAGGUUAGGAUUUUGGUUGAUGGAGAGGAGAAGAAGAAGGCUAAUUUACUCUCUGGGGAAGACUUUGAGCCUGCGUUGAUCCCUGACAAGACUAUUCCCGACCCUGAAGACAAGAAACCAGAAGACUGGGAUGAGAGAGCCAAGAUUCCUGAUCCUAGUGCCGUGAAGCCUGAGGACUGGGACGAGGAUGCACCCAUGGAGAUUGAAGAUGAGGAAGCUGAGAAACCUGAAGGAUGGCUAGAUGAUGAGCCUGAGGAGGUCGAUGACCCAGAGGCGACCAAGCCUGAAGAUUGGGAUGAUGAGGAAGAUGGUAUGUGGGAGGCUCCAAAGAUUGACAACCCCAAGUGUGAAACAGCACCAGGUUGUGGUGAAUGGAAGAGACCAAUGAAGAAGAACCCUGCUUACAAGGGCAAGUGGAGUGCACCUAUGAUCGAUAACCCUGCUUACAAAGGAAUCUGGAAACCCAGAGACAUCCCUAACCCUGACUACUUUGAGCUAGACAGACCCGAUUACGAACCCAUUGCAGCCAUCGGUAUUGAGAUCUGGACAAUGCAAGAUGGUAUCUUGUUUGACAACAUCUUGAUAGCCAAAGACGAGAAGGUCGCUGAGACUUACAGACAGACCACUUGGAAGCCUAAAUUCGAUGUUGAGAAAGAGAAACAAAAGGCAGAAGAGGAGGCUGCUAGCUCUGCAGGUGGUCUCAAGAGCUACCAGAAGGUCGUGUUCGACCUGUUGAACAAGGUUGCGGACAUUUCUUUCCUAAGUGCCUACAAGUCUAAGAUCACGGAACUGAUUGAGAAAGCUGAGGAACAACCCAACUUAACCAUUGGUGUCCUCGUCUCCAUUGUCGUAGUAUUCUUCUCGCUCUUCAUCAAGCUUAUCUUCGGUGGCAAGAAGGCGGCAGCAACAGUGGAAAAGAAGAAACCAGAAGUAGGAGAGAGCUCAAAGAGUGAAGAUGAGACAGAGAAGAAAGAAGAAACCGCUGCUCCACGCAAAAGGCAACCGAGACGUGAUAAUUAG